AUGAACAAAAAUGGAACAGCUAAAAUGAAUGAUAAUCAAAUAAGAGCCGAAGGUAGAAGGUUAUUUAAACGCUUCUAUAACAUUCCUGAUGGUGUUAAUCCUAAAACUCGUAGAAGUUAUUUAAAUGAAGCCAUAGAUGCAUAUGAAGGAUUUGACAUUUCAUCAGAAAGUGAGAGGUUAGCAAGAAUGUUAAACGUUAAUAUUGAUUUUUAUUAUUGUGACCCUCAACCAGAAGACGUAGACAUAAAUAAGGUAGACUUUCCAUUAGUGGAAUCAAUAAUGAUAGAUCCAGAAUUUGAAACAGUAAAUAUUUUAUUAACACAGAGUCCAUGUGGAAAACUUCACGCUGACAGAAUUACAGACGUUGAAGCACUCACAGGAUAUAAAGUUUGCCCCUUUUGCAAAGAAGAAGUUUAUUCUAUCCGUGAUGAUCCAGAAAGGAAAAACCAAAGAAGAUUUUUAAAGCAUUGUGAGAAAUGUAAAGAAAAUAAUGGAAGAUUAA